CCAGCUCCAUGGCGGCCAAGUGGUUCAAGGAGUUCCCAUCCAACCUGAAGACGGUGUCAGAGAAGGCUCGGCCGGGAAGCGGGAGCCUCGGGAAGAGCCGCAAGAAUUCAACCGCUGAGCUGGGGGGCUGCCGGGCGGCUGGGGGUGGCAAGGAAGGGGGCAGCCGGCUGUCACGGGACAACCUGCAGGGUCUACUCCAGGCUGCCACCGGGAAGAUGCGGAAGAAUUCUCGAGUGGAGGGAGGCACACCGGAGGGACCCUCCAAAACCUACAUCAACCGCCUCAUCAAGGUGGAGGCUUCCGAGAAGAACGGGAAGGGGCACCCCGGACCCCUGCCUGCCGGCCUGCCUGCCCCCGAGCAGGACAAGGGGAAGCCCCCCAAGACAGAGACGGUCAUCAUCCUGGAGGAUUACGCAGACCCUUACGAUGCCAAACGGACCAAGGGGCAGCGGGAUGCUGAGCGCCUGGGGGAGAACGACGGGUACAUGGAGCCCUACGAUGCCCAGCAGAUGAUCACAGAAAUCCGUCGUCGUGGCUCCAAGGAUCCCCUGGUCAAAGCCAUCCUGCUGCUAGACGGCCCUGGAGAGCCUGGGGAGGGGGGUGCCAAGUUGGAUCUUGCCAAGAGGCUGGGGGGCAAGGAGCUGGCAGGGAAGGGGCCACAGCUCUAUGACACCCCUUAUGAGCCUGGGGAGGGGGUGGCCGGGGGGACCCCAGAGCGCAGGGUGAGGGCUGGUGAUGGGCGCCUGCCCGAGAAUGACGAGCGCCCAGCGGGGGAGUAUGAGCAGCCCUGGGAGUGGAAGAAGGAGCAGAUUGUCAAAGCACUGUCAGUCCAGUUUGAGGGCUCGGAGCGUCCUAAGGAGGAGACGCUGCGGCAGCAUCUCCGCCAGAAGAGCUGGACCCCCAAGAUGCUGAAGCCGGCGGGCACCGAGCACAGCGAGGGGGAGCGGGUGGACCCCGCCCUGGCCCUGGAGAAACAGCCCUGGUUCCACGGGGCCAUCACGCGGGCUGAGGCCGAGAGCCGGCUGCAGCCGUGCCGGGAGGCCGGCUACCUGGUGCGCACCAGCGAGACGGGCAGCGGCAAGUACUCCAUCGCGCUCAAGACCAGCCAGGGCUGCGUCCACAUCAUCGUGGCCCAGACCAAGGACAACAAGUACACGCUCAGCCAGGCCAGCGGCGUCUUCGCCAGCAUCCCUGAAGUCGUGCACUACUACUCCACUGAGAAGCUGCCCUUCAAGGGGGCUGAGCACAUGGCCCUGCUGCACCCCGUCCACUGCAAGCUGCAUUAGCGUCGGCCGGUGCCGCCCCCGAGUGGUCUGCGACCCCCACCCCUGUGGCAUGAGACAGCGAUGGGGGCACGUACCACGGGAAGGGUCCAGUGAGAGAACCCCUGUCAUGUCUCCAGUCCUGAAGGGACCCCGCUCCUGGACUCCAGCAGGGCUGGAUUUGUCCCUUUUGCUGGGACAAGUCCUGACCACCCUGUGCCAGAACCGACUUGUCACGGGGCUGCCCACGUGCCCGAGCUGGGGGCACGCAGUGAGACUGGGAUGUGUAAUGAUCUAGUAAAAUAAACUUGUUGGCUGA